AUGGUAUUAUUGCAUUUAAAAAACAUUGGGUUUAGUACCAUUAAUUUUAUUAGUGGUGGAAGUCUUAGUAAUGGUAAAAAUGAAGGUGUGAAUAAUAACAACAAUCAUGGAGAAUGUAACUGUGAAGAGGGGAAAAAAGAAAAUAUCAAUACAGUUAAACAUAUGGAAAAGUUUUUUAAUCACCAUGAUUUCUCAGCUUUUUUAUCAUUUAGUGGCUUUCACCAUCACCACCAUCACCAUACCCCAAUGACUGGAUCAACUGAUAAUAAUAUUAUUGAGGAAUCAAUUGCAUUCGGUAGUGACAUUUGCACAAAUUUAAAUAAAAUCGGUGCCACUUUUAUAUCUAGUUUAUUACCUCAACAUAAAAUUUCAUCAUCUAGUGACUCCUUACUUUCAAAUUUAUCAACCUCUCCAACAACACCAGUACAAUACAAUGAUGAAUUUUUUGAAAACAAUGAAUAUUUAUCAACUAUUUUAAUUUAUUUUAUCAGUGAUAUAAUAAUUAAUCAACCAAUAACCUCACUAAAAGUAAUAAAUAAAUCAUUUACCAAAUCAUUUAAUAUUUCAGAGAAAUUAUUUCACAAAUAUUUUAAAAGAUCAUUAGAUUUAACUAAAUAUUACUUAUUAGAACUAAAUAAAAACAAAGAAUACUACUUAAAAUUAAAUGAUAUUGACAAUAAAGAUUUUCAAGGCGAUAAAUUUUUAAUGGAAAAAAUUAAACAGUUUAAUUUAAAUAAAAUUAAUGAAAUCGAAAAGAGAAAUUUGGCAAAUAAAUAUUUAAAUUAUUUAAACACUGUAUCAGUAACCAUAUACAGAGGUCAAAAAUUACAAGUUAAAGAUUUGUUAACUUCAGACCCAUUUGUCAAUUUAUUUUUUACCAAUGAACAAGAUGAAAAACCACACCAUCAUAGAGAAUCUCUUAUUACAGAAAACUUACUAGAUAGCAGCAAACCACACCAUCAUCAUUUUAAAACAACAACUAAAAAGAAGACUCUCGACCCAGAGUGGAAUGAAAGUUUUAUUUUUUCAAGUAAUAAACCAGAUCAAAAUAUAUUGGUAGCAACUGUAUACGAUUUCGAUAAAAUUAGUAAAGCUGAUUUUAUGGGUUUCGCUAGUAUCCAUUUGGAUGAGUUAUAUCCAUCAUUUACAGAAACUGUAACAAAUUACAAACUUCAAGCCAAACCAAAAGGAAAGUUAACAGUAUUCAAAUCAAUUUUAGGUAUUGCUCCAAGUAAACAAGAGGCUGCUGCUGAUAAAACCGAUUAUGGUUAUCUUAAAUUGGGUUUGGUCAAUUUAAAGAGGGAAAUUUAUAAACUCGAAGAAAUUUCAAUAGAGAAUAACAAUGUUCCAGGUAAAGAAAUUGAUCGAUUAAUGAAUAUAAAUCAUGAAAAAUGUAUGGAAUCAUUAUUUGACUUUUUCAUAAACAAACAACAAAUAUUUACAACUCCCAAAGAAAUCAAAAAGUUAAUAUCCAGUUAUGAAAAUAGAAUUUUAUUUUCACCAUACUUAAAAUUCAUUGUAAUAUUAGAAAAACUUUUAGAAAUCUUUGAAAUUUCGACAAUUUUAAUGGAUGAAAUUUUAUUAACCAUCAAAGAGGUUAUGAAAAUGUUAGAAAUGGAUACAGCUCCAAUGACCAAACCAAUAGAAAUCAAAUUUAAAGCAAUUUUAAAACAAAUUAAAAAACUAUAUAAAUCUUUAUUAUCAAAAUACACACAAUGCUUUCCAGUUACAAUCAAUAAAAAAACUAAACAACCAGAGAAUUAUGGUACAAGUGGUUCUCUAUUAGCAAUGACAAUUGAAACCUUAGAGUCAAUUUAUCAAUAUGAACAUAAAGAUUUUGAACCAAAAAUUAUAAAGCAAGUUGAAAAGUAUAUUGAAUUUUGUUGGUCAAUAGUAAAAGAAGCCUCCUUAGUUAAAAUUGAAGAUUCAAAAGAGUUUGAAAACAUUGUAGCACUAUUGGAUAUUUAUGACGCCAUGGAAUUGCAAUUAACUUUAGAUAUUGAAAUUUAUUCACAAUUUUUCCCAUCUAAAAUCGAUCUCAGCUCCAUUUCAUUCAAAGGCUACUACAAAUUAUUAAAAGAAUACACAGAAUCAGUAUUGUCAAGAGAGAAUAAAGUUUGCAUGGAAACUUUUACAUUGUUAAAAAAGAUUCAAAAGAUUUCAAACACAAUUUUAAAACCAUACCUCAACAAAGAUAAUGAAAUGAACCUAAAUGUAAUAUUCAAGAAAUUCCUUUCCAUGUGGUGUGUAGAAAUUAAAAAGCAAUUUAAUUUAUGGGUAUCUCGUAGUUUAGAAAAAGAGAAUUGGGCAGCAGUCGAUAUUAAAAACAAUUUAUUACAUUCUAACAGUUUAAUCGAUCUAUUUACCAUUUUUGAAAUCGGUAAAAAUCAUUUAUUAGGUCUAGAUUUAAAUAUCGAUCACUAUAUAUUUGAUUUUAUCGAAAUUGUUAAUCAGCUUUACAACCAAUAUUUGGACAUUGUAAUGAAUUCGAUUCUUCAAGAUAUCAUUAAAGAUAAGUCUGUAAACUCAUUUGAUGAGAUCAACGAUCUAUUAAUAAAUAAUUUAAACAAAUUACUAAGUUAUUUAAAGCAACAAAAGGAACAAUUAGCAGAUGCCUCUGAGGAACAUUUGUUGACCAGUAAAUCAAUAACAAACUCUGCAAUCUGUAUUAAAUUAAACUCCAUCGAGUUUUCAAGACAAUUAUUAUUGGAUUUUUCAAAUGAUUUAGAAGACAAGUUACCACAUUUAAGAGAUGUAAUUCAAGAGUCUUUUUCAAUUUCAUUCCACAACUCUAAAAAGAAAUAUGAUUAUAUUAUUGAUUUGGUUAUCAAUAAUAUAAAUAAAUGCAUCAAAGUUUUAUUAGAAAAAAUUUUAGUACCAGCAUCCAACAACAACAACAAACAACCAACAACAGCAAAUAAAACAUUAGAAUUAAUAGACGAAUCAAUUUCAAAUCAAAUGUUAGAUUCUUUAUUAUUGCUUUUAAACAAUGAAUUGACAAUUCUUAGUGGCAAUCUAUAUUACCCAACCUUCAACAAAUUCAUAAAAGGUGUUUGGGAGUCAAUUUGGAAGAGUAUCGAUAGAAUUUUAUUCCCAGAAUUAAAAUUACAAACAGAAAAAUACUAUUUAUUGCACUAUAAGAGUUUGGUUGUUGUAUCAAUUUACCCAGUAUUAGAGAAUUUCUUUUUUGCAAAUGGUGAAGGUGUUCCAGUUGAUCAAUUAAGAAAACUUUCUCAAUAUCUUUUCUCGAGCGUUCAAGUUUAUUUCACUGAACCAAAGAAUAUUUAUGAAGUUUAUAACUAUUUAGAAAAGAACAAUAAUGAUAAGUCAUUAAUUGACUAUAACUUUAUUUCAAGUAAUUGCUUCCAAUUAAAACAAUUUAAUCAAUUUAAAGAUUGGGAUUUAGAUUCAUCAAAAUCAAUCGGAGAGUUUCAUAUUUUAUCGUAUAUCUCAUCAAGAAACCAAGAUAGCAGCAAUGAAUUUACAGACAAUGAAUUAAAAUUAAAAUUCAAAUCAAUUAUAACAACUAUUACCAGUAAAUUUAAAAACAGAUUUGUUUUAGAAAAAUUCCAAUUAAAAAACCAGUCCAUUUACCAAUAUAGCUUCACUUGUAAAACACUAUUUGGAAUACCAACUUUAGCUUAUAUUAUGAAUGAUUGUAUUUGUUGGAGCUCAUUCCUCAGUUAUAAUGAAAAGAAGAUAGUUAUAAAUUACUCUUCAAUUAGAUCGAUUACAAGACAGCAGCACGAUAUUCAACAUGAUGAUACUUUAAUAAUCAUCUCUACAGACAGUGAAAAACAUUAUGAAAUCUAUUCAUGCUCAAAUAAAUUUGAUACUUUUAAUAGUUUAAAAAAUAAUUUAUUAAAGUUCAAUUCAAAUAUUCAUAUUAUCGAUCAUUUUAAUGAUACCAUUGGUGAUAAUAGUAAUUUUAUAGUUCAGCCACGUAAAGAUUCACUUUUAAACAAGAGUUUAAAUCCAAAUUCCUUAAAUGCUACAAUCAGUUGCAACGAUCACAGUAAUGAACAUGUUUCACAUGUUUCAUAUGAUGAUAAUAUAAAGUUCCAUACACUGUUCCAUUUAGACAAAGACAACAUAAUUUAUGAAGUUUAUAGUUGUUUUAAACAUGGUAUCAGUGGACGUAUCAUUACAACAAGAGAUUACUUUUGUUAUCAUAAUAAUGUUACAGGUUCAAAUCAACACUUUUUAUGGUCAGAUUUAGUUUCAAUUAAAAAAGAAUCAUUCUUAUUUACAAACGGCAUCAGAAUUAUAUUUAAAAAUGGUCAAAAUAAAUUCUUUACAGGUAUAAAUAAUAUUGAAAUGUUAUUAAAUGAAUUAAUAGAAUUAAAAGAUUUAAACAGUAAUGUCAAUAGAUCUCCUAUUCUUCAAAGAAAAAAGAAAAAUUAA